AUGAGUUAGUAAGUACAAAGCGGAUAAAAUUUGUAGAGCUAGGAUAUUCCAACAAAUCCUUUUAAAAAGAAUAAAAGAUUUGGAGGUGUUUAGAAGAGUCCCUCACCUAUUAAUUAGCCACGCAUUUAACCUAAAGCAUAGCCUAUAAUUUAGAAUUAAUUAUAACAAGGUUAGUAGGAGCAGCGCAAUAUUAAUGAAAAUAACUAGGGUUAAUAAGAUGUUUAGCAAAGAUAAAAUGUAUAGGUGAAUUAGCCUACAAGAUGCAAUUCUUCUUUAGUUAUUAUGAAUUUCAAUUAAGAUAACUCUUUCUUUAAUUACGGAAACUCAGAAAAUAGCAUAGCCAUAGGAGGCACUCCAGUAGCUACUCCUCGUUAAUAGAGUCUGCAUAUUUAGGGAAAUUCUUAAGCAAUGCAAAAACCACUUAAACUGACUCCAACAGAAUAAAAUUAUUUGAAGCAAUAGCUUGGUUAAAUGAGUAAUGAGCAAUAGAAUCCUAUUUAAACAGGUUCUUUUUACAAUAAUAUGAACUCUUUGAAUACUUAAAUUAAACAGAGUUAUGAUAAUCUUAAUUUCAAAGACCUACAAAUUAAUAAUACAUACAAAUAGAAAAUUCAAAAUCUCAUUCAGAAUGAAGAAGAAUCUAAUUAAGAAAACAACUCAAGUUAAGCCUUAGAAAAUAUUAUGGUAAAUCUUGAUACCUUUCCUGAUGAUUUAUGUAACCAUUAAGAUCACCAAGAAGAGAGAAUAGUUUAGCCUAGACAUUUGGAUUUUAGCAAAAAACCUGAGGAAAUCCCUCAGCAAUCAUAAAAAAUAACUAAUGCAAUAUCUCCUCUCCCAUUAUGUCUAAUUUAGGAAAAACUCAAAUAAAAUUCAAAUAAAAUAGAAGAAUAUUCAUAUACAGCUAAAAAGAGUGCAAGAAGUGGCAGCUCUGACUUCCAGAACAAUGCUUCCUAACAAUCCAAUUUUUCUUAUUAGACUUUUUACUCUCCAAGGAUGAACAAAAAUACAAGUAGACAAGGAGAUUAAGUGUAACAAGGAAGUGUCACUUCUUAAUAAAUAUCUUAAAAACUAAAUUUAUCUAUAAAUAACAAACAAUAAUUAUUAAAUGCUAACAAUAAUAACGCGUAAAUUCUAAACUAUAGCAGCGGGGAUCAUUUAGUAUAAGCUUAGACAACUAUCAGUAAUAGCAAUUAAAUAUAGAGUUAGAAUUUCCAAACUCUUGUAAGUAGAAAUCAGUCACCUCACAGCUAAUAAGUGACUCCUAAUCCAUUCAUGAAAAUAUAAAUUGCUAAUGGAAUUAAUACUUUAGAAAGACAGCAGAGACUAAAUCAGUCUCCAUUAUACAAAAACAUAAGCUUAAGUCAAUUAAACUAAUAAAUAAAUAGCAAUUCAGGUUUAAAUAGCUCUACCAAUUAAGUUGCUAGAAGUAAUAAUUAAAUUACAACCAGUAAUAAUGAAGCUAUUAAUGGCAUCAAUAACUUCGGGUAAAUAAAAAGCGAAUAAACUAUUAGUAAUAAUAAGGCAGUUAAUAACAAUAUUAUAAUAAAUUCUGACAGAAUUAUUAAUUAAUAGAAUAAUUUUGUCAGUUUAAAAUAAACUUAAUCUUCAUUUGUUUAAAAUUAGCUUAACAACAUUUAAAUGUAUUCAAGCCUUAAUUUUAAUGUACCAAAUUAAUCAUAAUCAUAAUAGCUGCAACAAUAACAACAAGAAAAUAUUAAAUAAAAUAUUCCACCAUUUUAAAUUGCACCCUGCAUUACUCUCUCUAGAUAAGUCUCAGCAAAUUCGAUUCAUACAAUUAAUAUGGCGAGCCCAAAUAGCGGAGUAAACUCUUUACAGUUAAUUCAAACAUAAAAUAAUAAUUAAGCCCAUCAGAAUUAAGCAUUGUAAAGCUCUAGCCUAUUUAAUGUAAAUUAAAUGGCAAAUAAAUCUGUUAAAAUGAUGGAUUCCUCUAGCAAUUUUAAUAGCCAGUACGUUAGUGUUCCAUAAACAAGCGUAAGCCUCAAAUAAUAGCUUUAAAGUAAUGUAAAUAAUCAAAUAAAAGAACCGAAGACUGAUAAAAAUAUAUACAAGUCAAGUAAUGUGUAAAACGAUUUCUAAGAAGCAGUAGAGAGUGUCAAAAGAGCAGCAGUAGAAAGAGGUAAAUCGGCAAGUAGAGUGGAGGAAAAUAAAGCAGACUAAAAAUAAAAGUAAUUUGUGCCUCUCCAAGGAGUAGAAUUUCCAGUAAUUAACUUGGAUAACAAUAAUAAAGUAGAUGAUUCUUAUCUUAAGCAAAUAAUAUCGCCAGAGACAUUAAAAAUAUUAUAAGAGUAAAAGGAAAUUAAAAAAGAAAUAGUUAAAUAUAGAAAUAUUAACAGUCCAUAAGCAUAAAACAAGACCUCUUAGAGUAACAAUGACAACAGUAGUAACAGCAACUGUUCUUCAUUUUAAUAAAUAAGCUCAUAGAAUAAUUUAAUAUCAAACACUUUGACUUCUCUACAAGCAAAAGUUGCCAAUUAACCACUAGGAAACAUUAUAAAUGUUUUCGGGUAGAUGAGCAAUAGCAUCGCUCAAUCACCUCCUAAAUAGCAACAACAAUAAUAAUACAAUCAUUAAAAUAUCUAAGAUGUCUAUUAGAAUGUCUAAUAAAAUUAUUAAAACCUCCCUAUACUAUUAAAUUAAUCUACUUUAGUCAAAUAGAUUCCAAUAAUGUAAGAACCUGUUUUAAGCUAAGUUUUUCCCAAGUCCAAAUAAUCUCCUAACUAUCAAAUGCCAAUAUUUUAAAUGCAGCCAAUUUAAAUUUAGCCUCCUGCACCUGCUGUAGGAUUAACUCUUUUAUCUGUGUAAAAAAAUAUUCCUUAGUAAGAAGUACCAAUUCAAGGAAUUUCCCUACUAAAUUUACCUCAAGAAAAUAAAAUAAUCUAAAAGGAAACACCUUCUAAUAAUUUAUCACCUUCAAAGGAUUAAGAUAAGCUUUUGAUGGCUAAGUCCCGCUCCUAAAGCAAGUUGUAAUUAUAAGAUUCGAAACAAUUGAAUACCCAAGGCUCAAAGUAAGGUGAAGAGUAGCAAUCAGCUGAUUUUGCUAAAAUAGAUUAAAACAAUUAACUUGAAUAAAAGCAAGAAAAAGGCUUUUUGCUAACUUCCAGCAAAGAAAUAGCACAAUAAAUAAUGGAUAAAGGUUAAUAACUAUCAACAACUACAAUAGUCGCACCUAAUUAACUUAAACUAACAGAAAAAACAAAUUUUAAUGCAGAAAAAGAGGAAUAAAAGCCUAAAAUAACUUAAAUUGUUCAAAGUCCAAGGAUAUCAUAGGUUUCUUCUCCCAAAAGCAGUCUACAAAAAUAAGAGAGACCUUAGUUACUAGAAAUAAAAUCCUUCCCUAUAUCUAUUAAUUAAUCUUAAUAGUUGAAGUUUUAAAAUUAGAGAGAAACAUUUGAGUGUAUUACAAACCCAGAGAUAAAAAAUAUUUAAAGUAUUAAUAAUUAAGAUUUAAAAUAAAAUUUUUAUAAUAGUUCUAGCAACGAAAUAGAGGCUCAUAUGAAUUACUAAAAUAAUUUAUUUGUGAAAUAAAAUAAAAUAGAAUAAGAAGAAGUUGUUUUUACUCCUUAAAAGGAAAAAAAGCAGCCAGAUACAUCUCAGGCAGAAAGUAGGGUGAAUGAUGAUAUGAAUGAAUUCGAAUCUACUAAAAAGGCUUUUCCAAAUAAAAUUAGCCCUUCUUAUGGAUAUUCCCCAUGCUUUAAUAUAGAUAAAUAAGAAUCUUAGUAAUCACCAAAUCCUAUUACUAAAGCAAAUACAAAUAACCUAUAAAAUGUUUUACAAAGCUUUGGUUUCAAUCCAUAUAACAUAUAAUAGAUACAAAUUAAUGAUAGAGCUGAAAAUAAUAUCAUGAACUCAAAAGAAAAUGUAAAUUAAAUUUUAUAAACUUCUAACGAAAACAAACUUCUAUCAUCUGGUGCUACUGAAAAUGAUCAUGUGCCUUUUACUUAAAAUUUCAACUUAAAUUUUAAUAAUUAGCAAUAUUUUAUCAAUAAUAACUUUGUGAAUAACUUUUAAAAUCCUGCAAUUGUUAACAAUAUGGUUAAAGCCUCGUUUGAAUAUUCAGAUAUGACUAAUAUUUCAGACACUAAGCAUAUAAUCGUUCCUGGAACUGAGCCUAUCAAAAAAGGUAAUUUUAGCAAGAGUUCAAGCACCAAUAAUAUAAAUCAUCAUCCUUAAGAAAAUCCUAACCAAAUCCCGCUAUAUUAAACAAAUAAUCAACUUAAGAGUAGCAAUCAAUUUGAUAUCUAGUAGAAUCUAACCACAGAAUCAAUUGAAGUAGACCUUUCGGAAAAAAACACACAUUUAGUUUAUGAUUCAAAGCAUGAUCUCACUCCAACUUUAAAGAGAAAUAAUUAGAACGGAAUUCCUAUACAAGCUACGCCAAACCUAAAUAAAUAAUCUUAGUAAAAUAAUAUAAAUAAGGUUUCUACUCCUUCAACUUCUGCUACAACUGACAAAAGCAAUAAACAGAACACUACUAGUAAGUUAAAUUCAGCCUAAUUAAGUAAACAAAAAUACAACCUUUCAGUCCAUAGAAGCUCAAAACCUGAAGAUGUACUUCAUGAAUAAAUUAUGGAGCUUUAAAAGCAAACUAAGAAGAUGAUUGAGAAGAGCUAACAAAAAAUUAAGUCUUAUAGCCAAGAAAGAAGCUCUAGUUAGGCUAAGUAGAUUAAAGCUGAAGCGAAAAGUCCCAUGAAUUUUGAAAAGUAAGUUAAUAGAUUAACUGAACAUUCCUAAGUUGGAUCUACAUUCAGUGCAGCUCUAAGUAAAGGAUCUUCAUCUUGUAAGAAUUAAAAUUAAGGAUACAAAGACCACUAAAAUAUAGUUCCUAAAGCAGAAAUCUCUGUAAGGAAAGAUUAAGACUAUUACAGCAGCAAUAACCUUAAUUUAAAAAGAAACAGCAGCCAGGAAAUAUAGCCAGUUCGCUCUGCUAGCACCUAAGUGAAGGUACCAUAGUAAGAAAGCAACAAUUCAUUGUAAAGCUCAUUUAAUGUGUUUUUAGCUCAAAAUAUGAAUAGCUCUAACACCUUUUAAGAUAAAAGUCCUAGUUAUAUUUCAAGUUAAAGCUAAGUUGAAAAUAAGUUAAAUUCUAUUAAACCUAAACUUGCUUCUAAUACUUCAAUCUAAAGCAGCAUAAAUAACUCAGCCUAAUCUAAAUCAUAGCUUAAAUACUAUUAGAAUGAAACAAUUAAUAAUCUUAGUAGUAUUAAUAGUAGUAGAGCGAACUAAAAUACAAGCAAAUAGAAUAACUCAUCUAUUUCUAAUUACUUAAGCAACUAACAAAGUCUAAAUUAAAUAAAUAUUCCAUUAAAAUUAGGCUUGGUUACAACUGUUGAAAGUGAUAGAAUUAGCAAACAUGAUUUUGGUUCCCAGCAGCAGUAUAUUGACUUUUAGAACUAUAGUUCAACUCCUAUGAAUGCCAAUUCAAACAUAUAAAGCAAUUCAAAUAGAAAUAAUGAUUUUAUCAAUUAAAAUAAAGUUAACAAUGUUUAAAAGAGCUAAUCAAAUAUCGCAAAUAAUUCAACAAACGAUAAAAACAAAGUUGCUUGCUAAUGGUAAACUAGAAGUCAGAUAAAAAAUUUGUUAAAAAUGAAACAAGACACAUUCUUUUCUCACCAAAGUUAAGCAAAGAGCAACAUCUUACCUAAUGAAAAAAAGAUGAAUUUUAAGUCAUGA